AUGUCAAUUCCCGAGAUGGACGUUACCAGUAAAGAUAUUCAAGAAACUGUUAAUUAUAUGAAUAAUCCCAUUUUUAAAUCGAAAACUAUAAAGCAUUAUCAUCUUCUUAAGAAAGAAAUGGAUAGGUAUUACAGAGUUUGGUUGGUUUACAUGAUAAUCUGCGCGUUAACUUGUGGUUUAUGGGCUUUAUUUCCUUUCGUGGAUAACACCGUUAAAGAUAAAGGAUUACCAUUCGAUUAUUACUACCCUUAUGAUCGAACGGGGAAAUUUGGUUAUCCCUUAACUUUUUUGUAUCAAUCGUUGGGGAUGUUUAUACACGGGACAUCACACGCUGCUUUGGAUUCUUUAUACGCUGGGAUGAUGGCUUUUGUUGGGGUACAAAUCGACAUUUUAAAUGACACUUUAGAAAAUUUACACGAAAUGGGGAAUUUGGGUGGAAAUCAUGGCUUUGAUAGUAUGGAAAAAUCGGAUAAAAUGAAUUGUAAUUUGGUUUAUUGUAUUCGUAGACAUUGGAAUAUUCUUAGAUUUGUUGAUCAACUUAAUGUUUAUAUUUCGUUUACCACUUUGAUUCAAUUUGGGAUGGCUGGAAUUAUUUUAUGCGUCGCAAUGUAUAGCAUGAGUAUGUUAUCACCAACGAGUGGUAAAUUUGCUUCGGAUCUUUUCUAUUUUAUGGCGAUGGUGUCUCAAUUAUCGGUUUAUUGCUGGUACGGAAACGAAAUUAUGAUCAAAAGUGAUUUACUGUCGUCAUCAAUUUACAAAUGCGAUUGGACGGACACCCACUUAACAUUCAAAAAGAACGUGCUCCUCUUCACGUUAUUUGUGUCGAGCUCCUCCAAGAUUUUCGCCGGAUACUUCAUCACUUUAUCCCUUAAUACUUUCGGAGGGAUCCUUAGGGCGUCUUGGUCCUAUUUCGCUGUAUUGAAAAAUGUCCAAGAAUAA